AUGUCACCGACCGAAUGCGAUCCACUCAUUAAGCGCAAAAGAAAGCUCGGAGACCUGCCGCUGGCCGAGCUUCCGGAUCCAUUGCGAGACUUUGCCGUAACAAAGAACGGUUUCCUGCCAGAAAACGGGCCCCUGAAAAGGUUACCUGACGCGUACUAUGCGCCGUGGGAAGAUUUGAUUGAGCGUUUGUCGGCCUUGAUAGAGAACAACACUCUGAGACAGAAGGUUGACAAGCUCCCUGUCUUGUCGGUUGAACAUCUCAAGACAGAGGCAGAAUGGCAGCGAGCCUUUGUCAUUCUGGGCUUCCUUACCCAUGGCUACAUCUGGGGAGGUGAUGCCCCAGCCCAGAUCCUACCCCCUCCUUUGACAGUUCCCCUCCUCGCGGUCUCCUCCCACCUAGGAAUGCCCCCCGUCGCGACCUACGCCGCGCUUAACCUCUGGAAUUUCGGCACAACCUCUCCAAGCAACAACUUUGCUGAUUUGGACAACCUCUACUCCCUUCACACGUUCACUGGAACACGUGACGAAUCAUGGUUUUAUUCUGUGUCAGUCGCAAUCGAAACUGCUGGGGCAGAGCUCAUCCCGGUGAUGAUGAACGCUUUGGAGGAGGUGUUUUGCGUGAUGAACAAACCGUAUCCAGUUGAGACGAAUUUCGAGGGGUACAAAAAAGCGAUUGGGAUGGCAACAUCUGCGCUGAGGGGGCUCUGCAAGCGGUUAGGAGAGCUUGGUGCGCUACUCGUCCGCAUGGAUGAGCACUGCGACCCUGCCAUCUUUUAUCACCGCAUCCGGCCCUUCCUCGCAGGGAGUAAGAACAUGGCCUCUGCUGGCUUGCCACGAGGCGUCUUCUACAAAGAGGGUGAGGGCAAGGGGUCAUGGCGCAAGUACAGGGGCGGUAGUAACGGGCAGAGCUCUCUUAUCGGUUUCUUGGAUCUUGUACUGGGGGUUGAGCAUCGAUAUUCGGUGUACGAGAGGGGAGAUUUAAAACCUGCUCAGGAGACUCAUAUCGAGGAAAAUGAAGACAAGAAGCAGGCUUUCCAUGACGAAGUGAGGGAGUACAUGCCUGCGCCUCAUCGAAGGUUUUUGGAAUAUCUUGAGGACAGGUAUCCUGGUGGUAUGAGAACAGCUGUUGAAAGACUGAUGGGUAAUUACUCUGGGAAGUCUGAGAAGGAUGUGAGCAACGAACUCGAGGAACUUUGGAAGGCCUUCCAAUCCGCCAUAAAGGCGAUGGUUGACUUCCGAAGUCAUCAUUUGCAGAUGGUUGCGCGAUACAUCAUUAUCCCGUCGCGACAACAUCGCCAGUGUGACGGAUCAAAAGUCAAUCUGGCGACGGCGUCGUCAAUACAGAGGUCAGAUCAGGAUAAGACGGAACUCACUGGUACUGGUGGGACUGCGCUGUUGCCGUUCCUCAAACAGUCUAGGGAAGAGACGCUGCAGGCAGGGAAUUUGUCGAUAGAGGUGCUUCAAUAG